AUGUACCACAGUGGCAACAGCGUCAUGCCUGGAAGUGCCCCUCUGUGCAACGUAAACGGCGCGCCAAUCUACAUGACCGGCGUAAAGAUACGGACCUUCUCCCCCGUCUGGAAUGGCAACUACACAAACAUGAAUAUAAGUGCGAACAAAAUAAGGAAAAAUGUCAACGGGUACUUAAGUCCGGUUGUUCAUUUUUUGGGUCAAAGGAGAUUUCAAAGUGGAGCUAAACGAAUUGGCAAGAAGGAGUAUGUAAGAAGUACGGGGCAACCGAACAGGUUGAAGCUGCUCAAGCAGUACAGGUGCGUUGCGAAGGGGUUCCCCUGCUCCGAGCAUAGCGGCGGUAUAAACAACUGUCCAGUCAGCUCUCCAAUCAGCUGUCCAGGUGGAGGUCGAGGAGGUAGUCGAAGUGAUGAUCGAGGUGGCCGUCUGAACAGCUGCCCACCUGCCGAUUUAAGUUCCAACCCGAGUUGCGACCCCGAGGAACCAGAAUGGCAAAUAGUUUCGUACAAUCACCCUCCCCAAGACACCAACCCGCCGGUAAGUAGCCGUUUGUCAGACAAAACCAAGCACAACUACAAGGCGGCAGGAUACUUUAUAGUGAUGACCGAAGUGGAGCAGAACCCUGCAAAUAACGCCAACCAGGAAACAAACCGACGAAACAUCAAUGUGAAAAUAUUGCUGGGUUAUGACCCUCUGAAGAAGCAGCAGAACAAGGAGCCCUUACAAACGGAUGCGGGAUCACGAAUGAAGGGUGAACUAAGCGUUCCUGGAGGGAAGAGAGAUCGAGGGGAAUACAACCCCGUGGUGACUGCCUACAGGGAAUUCAGCGAAGAGACCCUUUAUCUGUAUAACAUGUUCGUGUCGUACUUUAGCCACUUGCAUUACGUCAUGAAGGGGAUCACCCCGGGGGGGGAACCGACCCAAGGGGGGGUGAAAUCCCAAACGGAGGGACACGCCCCAAUGGAGGGUGACCCGUAUGAACUGUUCCUACAGAGGAACUUCCUAAAUGACAUAACCCAAAUGAGCAUCCAACAAAAGAUGAAUGCAAUAAACGUGCACAUCAACAAUUUUAUGCUGUACUUUAAGGAGGCGUGUCUAAAUAUAAAAGAGAACCACGAGACCAUGUACCGGUGUUCCUACCCCCCGUCCUACCAUCAGAGGAGGAGUGCCAUGUUGGAGCAGAUCCACAAGGAGAUCAGUUUAUUUUCCUCGAUAGAGGAUGACGAGGUUAGCAAUUUUAAGCUCUACUACCCGCAAGGGAAAUACUGCCUCUUUUUUUACAACGUAAUUCAACACCACUGUAAGAAUAUGCUAGACUAUUUGAGAAAUUACUUCUGGCAUAAUUACAUGACCUUUUUUAAUAUCCUGUUGAGUGAAAAUAUGCACUUCUUAAUUAGAUGCAGAGCGAACAGUAAAACGGAUUAUGAAACGUACUUAUUUGAUUCCACAGAAAUAAGGAAAAGAAUUGAUCCCGAUUUUUACUACAACUUAAUGCACGUAAGGAACUUGAUCCCAUCCAAAUAUGAGAAAAAUAAAAAGGAUACUUUUUAUGGAGAAGGAACUAGCCAAAAGGGGGAAGCAGAUAACCAGAUAGAUACUGGCUAUAUGAACGACAUGACUUGGCUGGACCUUUCCGACAUGCUUCUGUACUUUCUAAGACACUGCAACCACGUACCGAUUGUGCGUCAUGUGUGGAACCUUUUUGAUGAGAUCAUGCGAAAGGGGGGUAACCCUGUUUGUCUUCCCCCGGAUGAACACCACAGAGAGGACAACCAAAAAGAUGCACCCCCGUCGAAGUUCAUUCUAGUCGAUAAAGGUUCCCUAAAACUACACAGAUGCGUUGCCGCGAAUGUGUGGCACCUCUACAAAGACAUACACACCAGACUACGCAUGCUAAUCCAGCAGGAGAAGUACGAAGCCUUUUGGGCUCUGUUCUUUUCUCCUUUUAAUACGAAAUUAACUGAGCAUAAUGUGGGUACCCUGAGCAAGACCUGCAACGCCCCCUAUAGGAAGUUUCUCAGGUGCUUGGUCACCAGCCGCGACUUUUGGGUCUUCCUCUUUCUGAACCUGGUGGGGACCAUUCCGACAAGGUAG